CCGUGGCCGGUGGGGGAGUUUCAGCUCCGGAUCGAGGCGGAGCCUGAAUUCCACAGUGGACCGAGUUUCUCCCGCUACGUCACUCCGGGAUAGGCUGCGAGCUAUCGAGCAACACUGUCAGUCAGCGGGGUUUCGAGCUGGUUACCUACACGUCCUCUGGACGGAACCCCCGAAGCAGGAGAAAGUAGCCUUGCCUGUCGCGGGUUUAGGCUCUGGGAUUAAAGUGAUCGUCAGUCCCGCACCGCUUUCGUCGAAACUGCCAGUGGGGAUUCAUGCUGUGUUGGGUUAGCUAAAUGCGGUACGAAGCUAAAAUGAUGCCGAUGUUCCUGACUGUAUACCUCAGUAACAAUGACCAGCAUUUUACUGAGGUCCCCGUUACCCCGGAGACGUUGUGCCGGGACGUGGUGGAGUUGUGCAAGGAGCCGGGGGAAACAGACUGCCACCUUUCUGAGAUGUGGCGUGGAUCUGAGAGAGCUGUAGGUGAUGGGGAGAGAAUGCUGGAUGUGCUCCAGCGAUGGGGACAACACAGGGCAGAGGUGCGCUUCUUUCUGCGUCACAACCGAGCCCCUAGCAGGGAAUCGGGAGGGUCAAGAGGCCCAGAGUCGAAGAGGAAUGGAGUGAAGGGUCCCCCAGACAGAAGGAUGGAGAAUGGGGUGGCAACACCCCGGAUGGACAUGACACUGGCCGAGCUUCAAGAGAUGGCUGCCAGACAGCAGCAACAGAUAGAAGUUCAACAACAACUCCUCGCUUCCAAGGAGCAGCGACUGCGCUUCUUAAAGCAGCAGGAGCAACGUCAGCAGCAGCAGGCCUCUGAGCAGGAAAAGCUCCAGCGCCUCAGAGAGAACAUUGAGAAUCAGGAAACUCGUCUCAAGAAGGUCCGUGCCCUCAAGGGCCAGGUGGAGCAGAAACGCCUCAGCAAUGGCAAACUAGUGGAAGAGAUAGAGCAAAUGAACAACCUGUUUCAGCAGAAGCAGAGAGAAUUAGUGAUGGCUGCGUCCAAAGUGGAGGAACUCAGCAGACAGCUGGAUUUGCUCAAAAACGGCAAAAUGGACAAUUUCCAUGACAACCAGAGCUCGGUGGCUGAACUGGACCGCCUCUACAAAGAGCUACAGCUGAGGAACAAGCUCAACCAGGAUCAAAAUUCAAAGUUGCAGCAGCAGAGAGAGAGCCUGAACAAGCGAAACAUGGAGGUGGCUGCUAUGGACAAACGGAUCAAUGAACUCCGAGAUCGGCUGUGGAAGAAAAAGGCAGCCCUGCAGCAGAAAGAGAACUUGCCUCCUCAGAUUCCCCGGCAUUCAGAGCUCAGCCAUGUCAGCAAUGGCUAUCCUGGUAAAGAGAGGGCUUCAAAAGACACUCAUCUUCAGCAGCCCUCUGAUGGCCAAGCUGGACAGCAGUCAGGUCCGUCUCGUGUGGCAGCGGUCGGUCCGUACAUCCAGUCGUCCACUAUGCCCCGGGGCCCAGUGAGACACGAUCUGCUUGUGAAACCAGCCUACCCAGACGGCACUGCUACCCUACCAGCCCACGACCCGCAGAGCAAGGCCGGGACAGGUCUUCAGCCGUCCAAACUGGCAGACUGGAGCUCUUCAGGUCCAGAAUCCAACAGCAAUGGUCAUGGUCCAGCCUCAACACUGCCACGAAUGACUUCUCACUCCAACUCUAAUGCAGAACAAGAUGACUCAGAACUGAAGAGAGACAGGAAGGUGCGUCCAUUUUCCAUGUUUGAGCCAACAGAGGUUCCAACUACCUCCCUUCGCAAAAACCAGAGCAGUGAUGACCUGGUCAGGGAUGCUCAGUCUGCUCCCAAGGCUCCAGUCAAGGUGCCUCCCCCUGUCCCCACCAAACCAAAAGGCCCUGGUGUUGUGCCCUACGGCAAACCCGGCCUCAACACAGGAACAUUCCCUAAAGCCAAGCCCCAUAGCCAGCAGCCCACAGCUGCCCAGGGCCGCAGCCCUCUCCCACCCUCCCAAAGCCAGACACUCCCCCUUCCCUCCAAGCAGGACACUCCACCAGCAGCCACAGUACGCCCCUUUACCCCAGAGCUGCCCUCGUCCAAAGAUGCCAGCCUGAGCAAGCCACAGACGUUAGCGGCCAGCUCCAUUUACUCCAUGUACACGCAGCAGUCUGGCUCAGGGAAGCCCUUCCAGCCUAGUGUGCAGGGUGUUCUGAACAGGGCUCAAACCCGCACCAAUGGAUUUGUCAGCGUCUAUGGUAAACCAGUGAUACCUGGUGGAGGCUCUCAGCAUCUAGAGAACCCCUACCUAGAGCGUCGCUCCCCUGCCCCAGAAGCUGAAGUCGAUCACAGUGGAGCCAACAAUGCGGGUCCCAGUGCGUCUGAGGGCCCACCGCCAGAAACAGAGCGCAUCCCACGGCCCCUCAGCCCUACCAAGCUGCUUCCCUUCAUUUCCAACCCCUACAGGCAUCAGAGUGAUGGUGAUCUGGAAGCCCUGAGAAAGAAGCUCUACAACGCCCCAAGGCCCCUGAAAAAACGCAGCUCCAUCACAGAACCAGAGGGUCCCGCAGGACCCAACAUUCAGAAACUCCUCUAUCAGAAGACCACACUGGCAGCUAUGGAAACCACUGUGACCACACCAACCACUCCCACAUACGCUGGUGAAGUAGAGAAGGCAGCGAAUGGAUCUGUGGGGCCACAUGGUCCAAGCCCUCAGAGUGGCUCAGAAAACCGCCCUUCAGAAGCAGGACAGAGUUUAGAAGGAGGGCAGCUUCCUCCUCACAUCCCAGGUGCUAAUGUUCCCAUGCCAGUCUCUGCUGAACAGACCAAACCACCCUUAGUUAUCCCAGAGAGUGAGGACAUUAUCCCCCCUCCUCCACCAUCCCAUCCAGCCCCUAGGCCAGGUGAUGCUCUUUUCCCCCCGCCACCCCCUGCUGAUUUGGAGGAUACGAUGCCCAACCUUCCACCUCCACCUCCAGAAGGCUUCUUGGAAGAGUUCCCUCCCUACCCACCACCCCCUUAUCCCAGUGGAGCAGAGCAGGAUAGCUUGGGAGAAGACACCUUUAACAUGAAGGCACCUGAGGUCACUGGACAGGUCACUCUGCCACCGGGAAAGAGGACCAAUUUGCGCAAGCCUGGCUCUGAACGCAUCGAUCACAGCAUGAGAGUCAAAUUCAACCCACUGGCUCUGCUGCUGGACUCGUCUCUGGAGGGAGAGUUUGACCUGGUUCAGAGAAUCAUCUAUGAAGUGGAGGAUCCCAGUCAGCCCAAUGAUGAAGGAAUCACAGCUUUACACAACGCCGUCUGUGCUGGACACACAGAGAUUGUCAAGUUUCUGGUUCAGUUUGGUGUCAAUGUCAAUGCUGCUGACAGUGAUGGCUGGACCCCUCUGCACUGCGCUGCAUCCUGCAACAAUGUCCAAGUAUGCAAGUUCCUGGUGGAGUCUGGUGCAGCAGUGUUUGCUAUGACUUACAGUGACAUGCAAACAGCAGCUGAUAAAUGUGAAGAGAUGGAAGAGGGCUAUACCCAGUGCUCUCAGUUCCUUUAUGGUGUGCAAGAGAAGAUGGGUAUCAUGAACAGAGGUGUGGUCUACGGUCUGUGGGACUACACUGGGGAGAACCCAGAUGAGCUCUCCUUCCGUGAGGGAGACUGCAUGACCAUCAUCCGCAGAGAAGACGAGGAUGAGAUUGAAUGGUGGUGGGCACGAAUGGGCGACACUGAAGGUUACAUUCCCCGCAACCUCUUAGGGCUCUACCCCAGAAUAAAACCAAGACAGAGAUCCCUGGCUUAAAACACAAAGAUCCCUGCACAUUUCCAGUCUGGCAGAACUCUCCAAAAAAACACACAAUAUACAAACACACAGGCUUUAACAGACUGGGGAAGAAAAGGGCACUCCUGAAAUGAAGAAACAAGGACAGACCAAACAAUAUGAAGGAUCAGCAAUUCCUGGCACUUUUCUUUAUCUUCAACAGAGGGAUUCUCCUUUGCUUAUUUUCCCAGGCCACACUGUGUACUGAGUACUUAAGACACUAAUCGCUGCGUUUUCCUUUAUUCCACUGUUUUUGUAUUUAGUGUCUGAAUCUAUUUCCGAAGUGACAGAAACUCAAAUGUUGGGAUGUAAAUGGAACAAGCGGUAUUUUUAUCCCCAGAAAGUGAUUUUUACUCUUUUGACUAGUCUUUUAAAACUUGUCGUCAGGGGUACUGGUUAUUUUCUAACACACCUGGGCCUCUACAUUGCAUGAGGUGAAUGAGUGGAUGAUGAUGCUUUCGAAAUGCUGUUACCAUGACAAUCAUUAGGGGCUUGUUUCCUGUUGUAUGUGCUGAGUAACUGUGCCUCUGUGUAACUGCACUGGAGGUGUACAGUUUCAGUUGUGGUCACCAUUUUCCCGGCUAAACAAAUGGCGGUGGGAAAACGGUGAUGAAGCUUUCGAUUGAUCACUUGCUGUUCACUCUGUGGUCGAUGAUACCCAGAAAGCCAGUCUGCUUUCCUGCAUUGGCAUGUGGUUGAGAUACCAUAGAUAAUGUAUACAUUUAUUUCUGUCACACAAACUAGCGAAACGUGACUGUAGGAAUUAUAUUGUUAUGAAAACUGACUUUCACACUCAUAAGAGACCCUUUAAACAAGAAGGAGAUACCAUGCAGUAUGAAUAUUAAGAUUUUAUUACAGCCAUUCCAUUGCAGUCCAGUAAUGUAAGACAGCAAGGCUGAUAUCAGAAACCUUGCCGUUUUGUAGCAGUCAUUAAGAGCUGUCACUCUGUAUUGUAAAGUCACAACAUUGUCCAAGUCAAAUCAUGUCUUAAAUGCAAAAAAAUAUAUAUAACAAAAUCUCAAAACUCAACUCAUCACAUAUGUCAGUGCAGAUGUAUUUAUUUUUGUUACAUUUUUCCUUAGCCCUUUUGUCAGAACUAUAACCACAAGUGUACUGUAGUAUUUCAAAUAUUGACAAUAAAAUACUUUGUACUAAGGUCA